AUGGAGGCAGCGUCCGCGAGGAUGGCGGCCAGAGACCGCUUCAGUGUUAUGGGGGAUCCAGGACCCUCGAACCUCCAACGGUAUAUCCAACAAGCCUGCAGUCCCGAGAACUUCGAGCCAAACCUCGCCGUCAAUCUCGAAGUAGCUGAUCUGAUCAACUCAAAGAAGGGCAAUGCGCCAAGAGAAGCUGCGGUGGCCAUUGUCAACUACAUCAACCACCGCAACCCGAAUGUGUCCCUGCUAGCUCUCAACUUGUUGGAUAUAUGCGUCAAGAAUUGCGGAUACCCUUUUCAUCUUCAGAUCAGUACGAAGGAGUUCCUCAAUGAGCUUGUGCGGAGGUUUCCCGAGAGGCCGCCGAUUAGAGCGACAAGGGUGCAGAUGAAGAUACUGGAAGCUAUUGAGGAAUGGCGGGGUACAAUAUGUCAGACUUCACGGUACAAGGAAGACUUGGGAUUUAUUCGGGAUAUGCACAGGCUGCUUAGUUACAAGGGAUAUGUAUUCCCUGAGGUCAGAAGAGAAGACGCUGCGGUGUUAAACCCAAGUGAUAACCUCAAAUCUGCCGAGGAGAUGGAAGAGGAAGAGAAAGCUGCCCAAUCAGCCAAACUGCAAGAAUUGAUUCGGCGAGGUGGACCAGAAGAUUUACAGGAAGCUAAUCGUUUAAUGAAAAUCAUGGCGGGGUACGAUACUCGACAGAAAACCGAUUACCGGGCGAAGGCAGCAGAGGAAGUCGGCAAGGUCCAGCAGAAGGCACGUUUACUAGAAGAACGCCUCGAGUCUUUCAAGGCGGGCGAUGUCAUGACUGAGGGCGAUGUCUACGAGGAGCUGGCUUCUGCACUUCAGAGCGCUCACCCGAAGAUCCAGAGGAUGUGCGAGGAGGAGUCUGAUGAUCAUGAAGCUGUGGCCAAAUUGCUGGAGAUAAAUGAUAGCAUACACCGAACUGUGGAGAGAUACAAGCUCAUGAAGAAGGGCGAUGUGGAAGCUGCUGCCAAGAUCGCAAAGGGGACGUUGGGAACUACCACAGGUGUCAGCAAGAAUGCUGACAACGAGCUUUCUUUGAUUGAUUUCGGCGGAGAUGUAGAGACCAACGGAAGCAGCUCCGAAGCUGCGGCUCCAGUUGGGCAACCCGGAGGACUCGAGGAUGAUUUAUUAGGCCUGUCCAUGGGAGAGAGUAGUUUUGGACAAGGUGGUGGUAUUUCUCUUGGAUUUGGAAACAACACGAAUCUUCCAGGUCCAGCAUUAAUAUCCUCAACAGUGGACCAUAACACAGCAAAAGGACCAACUCCAACGCGGUCCCCAGCACCUCCGCAACCACCCGUCAAGCCAGACUAUUCUUCAUUUUCUGCGUUCGGGUCUUCAAGUGCGAGCUCGAAACCAACCACUCCACAGCCUUCACUAUUUCAACAACAACAAGCUCUACAGCAACAACAGUUCCUACAGGCCCAGACAUCAAAACCCCAGCCACCAGUUGAUCCAUUCGCAGCACUGGCAUCACCUCGGCAAGCGACACCACAGCAAGCAUCACCAUCCAUGUUCGACUUCGGAAACCACCAAGCUGCCGCACCAGCCCCAGCAGCCGCAGAUGAUGACGAAUGGGCAUUCUCAUCGGCAUUACCAGAAGGUCUCCCCUCAUCAAAUACCCUUCAGGUCAGCGAAACAGCUCUUAGCAUUUCGCUAUAUGCGGCUCGGGAACCACAGACACCAUCAGUUAUCACAAUGUCCAUAACAUUCUCAAGUAAAAGCGACCAACCGAUAUCCGAACUGACUUUCAUGGCAGCAGUAACAAAGGGCUACUCCCUCAAGCUACAACCCCAAACAGGCCGCAGAUUACAACCUCACGAACAAGGCGGGGUCAAACAAGUCAUCCAUUUGAAUGGUGUUGAGCAAGGGAAAGGCGACUCGGUGAAGUUACGAUGGAAGGCGUCCUAUAAGGUUGGAGCGCAGCCAGUGAAUGAACAGGGCGAGAUUGCGUCGCUUGGUAUUUCAUGA